AUGCCAAGCGGGCGCGACACGAUGCCAAGCGGAGGCGACCACGAUGCCAAGCGACGUGCCAAGCGCAGGCGACACGAUGCCAAACGCAGGCGACACGAUGCCAAACGCAGGCGACGGCCAAGCGGGCGACACGAUGCCAAACGCAGGCGACACGAUGCCAAACGCAGGCGACACGAUGCCAAGCGGACGCGACACGAUGCCAAACGCAGGCGACACGAUGCCAAACGCAGGCGACCACGAUGCCAAGCGCAGGCGACACGAUGCCAAACGCAGGCACACGAUGCCAAACGCGAUGCCAGACGCGAUGCCAAACGGACGCGACACGAUGCCAAGCGGGCGACACGAUGCCAAGCGGAUGACACGAAGCGCAGGCGACACGAUGCCAAACGCAGGCGACACGAUGCCAAACGGACGUACACGAUGCCAAGCGGACGUGACGACGAUGCCAAGCGGACGUUACCACGAUGCCAAGCGCGGACGCGACCACGAUGCCAAAGCGGACGCGCACGAUGCCAAAGCGCGAGGCGCACGAUGCCAGCGCGCGAUGCAAAGCGGCACGAUGCCAAGCGGGCGACGCGCCAAGCGAAUGCACGAUGCCAAGCGGGCGCGACCGCGAUGCCAAGCGCGAGGCGACCACGAUGCCAAGCGCAGGGCGACACGAUGCCAAGCGCAGGCGUCACGAUGCCAAAUGGGCGUUACACGAUGCCAAAGCGCGGGCGACACGAUGCCAAGCGCAGGCGACACGAUGCCAAGCGGACGUCACGAUGCCAAACGCGAGGCGACCACGAUGCCAAGCGGACGGCGACCACGAUGCCAAAGCGGACGCUACGCGAUGCCAAGCGCAGGCGACACGAUGCCAAAGCAGAGCGUCACGAUGCCAAACGCAGGCGACACGAUGCCAAGCGCAAGCGACACGAUGCCAAACGGACGUUACACGAUGCCAACGCAGCGGCCACGAUGCCAAACGGACGAUACACGAUGCCAAGCGCAGGCGACACGAUGCCAAACGCAAGCGACCACGAUGCCAAACGGACGUUACGAUGCCAAACGCAGGCGACACGAUGCCAAGCGGACGAUACACGAUGCCAAGCGCAGGCGACCGCGAUGCCAAGCGCAAGCGACACGACCCAAGCGGACGUUACACGAUGCCAAGCGCGAGGCGACACGAUGCCAAGCGGGCGAUACACGAUGCCAAAGCGCAGGCGACACGAUGCCAAGCGGACGCGACACUGA